AUGGAUCGGGAGAAGCUUAUGAAGAUGGCCACUGCCGUCCGCACCGGCGGCAAGGGCACCGUUAGGAGGAAGAAAAAGGCCGCUCACAAGACGACGACGACCGACGACAAGAGGCUAUCAAGCACUCUGAAGCGCCUUGGAGUGAACACGAUUCCAGGGAUUGAAGAGGUCAACAUUUUCAAAGACGACACUGUCCUCCACUUCUCCAACCCUAAGGUGCAAGCGUCCAUCGGAGCAAACACAUGGGUUGUCAGUGGCGUACCCCGGGAGAAGAAUCUCCAAGAACUGCUGCCUGGCAUCAUCAACCAGCUUGGCCCUGACAACUUGGCUGGACUGAAGAAGAUUGCUCAGGAGUAUCAGAAGGCGGGUGAGGCUGCCGCUGCUGCCGGGGCUGCUGCUGAGGAUGACGACGAGGUGCCGGAGCUGGUUGAGGGGGAGAACUUCGAGGAUGCUUCCAAAAAGGAACCAGCAGCUGCAGAGGCUUGA